AUUUCGUAUCUCUCUUGACCUCGUUACAUGAAUUCAAGCUUUUGCCAACAAACUCAAACAACAAAUACUCGCCGCUCCCUUAUAUCCUCUUUUAUCCACCACACAACUCUCGCUCAACACAAAGCAACAUGGAAACCUGGUUCAUCAUUAUCGUCACCAUCUCCAUUUCUCUUCUCUUUAGAGCUCUCAUUAACCUUCUUUCAUCCCAUUCCGAGAACCCUUCCCAAACACUCCCUCCAGGCCCUGCCAACGUUCCCAUUAUCAGCGACAUUUCAUGGCUCAGGAGAACCUUUUCCGACCUGGAACCAAUCCUCCGGAACCUCCAUAACAAGCUUGGUCCGAUGGUCACUCUCAACAUCCUUUCUCGGCCUGCUAUUUUCGUCUCCGAUCGCUCUCUCGCCCACCAGGCGUUAAUUCAAAACGGUGCUUUGUUUGCCAACCGCCCCGAAGCUCCUGCCAUAACCAAGAUUAUAAGCUGUAAUCAACAUAAUAUCAGCUCUGCUCCCUAUGGUCCAACUUGGAGACUUUUGAGGCGUAACCUCACAGCUCAAAUCCUCCAUCCUUCGCGUAUAAAAUCCUACUCCCAUGCUCGGAAAUGGGUUCUUCAAAUCUUGUUAGAAUCCUUAAUCUCACACUCUAAAACUGGAGAACCAGUUCGUGCUGUUGAUCAUUUUCAAUAUGCUAUGUUCUGCUUAUUGGUGCUGAUGUGUUUCGGUGACAAGCUUAGUCAAGAACAAAUUAAAGAGAUUGAGAAUAUUCAGCGCCAUUUGCUAAUAGGCGUGGGAGGAAGAUUCAACCUACUCAAUUUCUGGCCGAACUUGACAAGGUUUUUGCUUUAUAAACGCUGGAAGGAGUUCUGUCAGGCCCUCGAGGUUCAAGAGAAGGUGUUGGUUCCUUUGAUAAGGGCAAGAAAGAAAGUGAAAGAGGAGAGAUUGAGCAAGAGUAAAGAGGACAAAGAGGAAGCUGAUGAUGACGAGUAUCUUUUGGCGUAUGUUGAUACUUUGCUUGAUCUUCAACUACCGGAGGGACAAAGGGAUCUUACUGAACAGGAAAUCGUCACUUUGACCUCUGAGUUUCUCAAUGCUGGAACAGAUACUACCUCCACUGCUUUGCAGUGGAUUAUGGCAAACAUGGUGAAGUAUCCAUAUGUCCAAGAGAAGCUAUUCACGGAGAUCAAAGGGGUUGUGGGAGAUGGAGAGGAAGAGGUCAAGGAAGAUGAUUUACAGAAGAUGCCUUACUUGAAGGCAGUGAUCUUGGAAGGGCUACGAAGGCACCCACCAGGCCACUUUGUUCUGCCUCAUAGUGUCAGAGAAGACACAGUCCUCGGAGGAUUUUCGGUACCCAAGAAUGCUACCAUUAAUUUCCUGGUAGCAGAAAUGGGGUGGGAUCCGAAAGUAUGGGAGGAUCCAAUGUCAUUUAAGCCUGAAAGGUUCCUUAGCUAUGGCAAUAAAAGUGGGGAAGUCUUUGAUAUAACAGGAAGUAGGGAAAUCAAGAUGAUGCCGUUUGGGGUAGGGAGGAGGAUUUGUCCUGGACUCGGCUUGGCCAUGCUUCAUCUGGAGUAUUUUGUGGCAAAUCUGGUUUGGAACCUCGAAUGGAAGGCUAUUGAUGGAGAUGAGGUGAGCUUGGAGGAGAUGCAGGAGUUCACAGUGGGGAUGAAGACUCCAUUGCAGGCCCAUAUUUAUCCUAGGAAAAGAUAAGAUACUGAUUUUUACGAGGAUAUUAUAUAUAGGUAAUGGUCAGUCUGGCUUUUCCUUUUUCUGGAAAGCCAGUCUAGCUUUUAAUAUGUUAAAUUAUGACAUUAUGUAUGGGAAGCUUGGCAGUGUCCUAUUUGGUACAUUUAUGACAUUAAAUGGACUGAGUUCUGGAUUCAUGUUUGGUUGGA